GCAGCUCGUUGUUUCUUUGUGGGGUCAAAGUUGACUACAAGCGGAAGUGGCAUGUCGUGGGAGUCUGUUUUUCUGCUGUGUGUGGCUCGCUUUAAACCAGAACAAUAAGUCAGUUAUUUUCUUUACACUGCCGGGAGACUAACUAAUGUUAGGUAGGUGGUGAUUAAUGUCACUGUAAUACCUUACAGUGAACGCCGUGUUAAAACGCAUUGAUUGUUAAAGCUCGACAGACUUUCAGAAGCUAACGUUUGCUAAACUGCAAACAUCUCGAAAUGGCAGUAACGUUGGAUAUUAUAGUUAUUAACCUUAGAUAUUUGCAGGUCAAAUGUUUAGUCUGACAUACAUUUGGAUGAUCACGACCCUUCUAGUAUUAGAAAGUUGAGUUUAUCUCCCUGGUAUCUAAUGCUUAGUGUUAGCUAACGUUAACGCCGACAGCGAAGCUAGACAAAACACAGACUGCGCUUUAAAACCUAGAUUAAAUGUUGACAUUUAGUGUAAAUAUAAAGCUUUUAGUUAAAUGGGUUAAAGUUGAAAUAAAGCUGACAUUCAGACAACAUUGUUAGUAUCCAACGAGCAUCUUGCGACGCGUUUUAGAGUUAGUUAAAGCUGUGUUAGCUAGCUGUUUAAAGUUAGGGGGUAAAAUAGUCACUAAAACACUUCCGCUUUAGUGUUCUAGCUAGUUGUAUUGUGUUGCAUAGUGAAUUAACUUAUUCCCCUCAUUAAGGGUUAUUUCAAGAGUAGCCAAUCCUCCAUAUCUUUAACUCCAUGCAGCCUCCACACGCGUUCACAACGAUGACAACUAUUGUCCAUGACACUGCAGAGGCAGUGUGCCUCUCCUCAGAGUACAACCUGUACCUCAAGCCCAUUGCCAAGAUGACCAUCAGUGUGGCUCUGCCGCAGCUCAAACUGCCGGGGAAGAGCAUCUCCAACUGGGAGGUAAUGGAGAGAGUGAAGGGGAUGGUUGCUCCCGAUCAGUUUUCUGUCCUGCGGAUCUCAAAGAGCACCAUGGACUUCAUCCGCUUUGAGGGAGAGGUGGAGAACAAGACUGUGGUGAAGAGCCUACUGAGCCGCUUGGAUGGGAAGAGCAUCAAACUUAGUGGAUUCACUGAUGUUUUAAAGGUUCGUGCAGUAGAGAAUAAGGUGGACUUUCCUACACGACAUGACUGGGACUCCUUCUUCCGUGAUGCCAAGGACAUGAAUGAAACUCUACCAGGAGAGAGACCCGAUACCAUUCACCUGGAGGGGCUACCUUGCCGCUGGUUCAGUCAGAAGGACAGCCAGUUCCCAGACCGGCCCGCAGAGGAGGUCCUUACUACUGUAUUCCAGACAUUUGGAAAGGUGCGGAAUGUUGACAUCCCCAUGCUGGACCCGUACAGGGAAGAGAUGAUGGACAAGAACUUCAACACGUUCAGUUUUGGAGGUCAUCUGAACUUUGAGGCUUAUGUCCAGUAUCAGGAGUACUGUGGUUUCACAAAGGCAAUGGACACCCUGCGCAGCAUGAAGCUGAUGCUGAAAGGAGAUGAUGGGAAAGCAGUAGCCUGCAACAUCAAGGUGACUUUUGACACCAGCAAACACCUGAGUGAGUUAGCUCUGAAGAGAAGAGGCCUGGAGCGACUGAAGUUACAGGAGCUGGAGAGGCAGAGAGAGGAGCAGAAACGACGGGAGAAGGAAGAGGAGGAGCGGCGUAAGGAGGAGGAGAGGAAACUGAAGGAGCAGGAAGAGGAGGAGAAGGAGAGAAGGAAGGAAGAGAAGAUCCGAAAGCGAGAGCAGAAGCUGCGGGAGAGAGAGGAGAGGAAGAACCUGAAGAAGGUGAGGCGACAGCAGGAAGAAGAGCAGAAGAAGCUGCAGAUGAAGAUCGCCAUGGAGGAGAGGAGGCUGCUGUUGGCUCAGCGCAACCUGGAAUCCAUCCGGCUCAUUGCGGAGCUGCUGGCCCGAGCCAAGAGUGUGAAGCAGCAGCAGCAGGAGAAAGAGAGGGCUGAACGAGAGGAGCAGGAAAAACAGGAGCAGGCUCGGCAGAAGGAGGAACUAGCCCGUCUUCAGCAGCUGGAGGCCUGCAGACACAAGCAAGAGGAGGAGCUCAAGAGGGUGGAGGUGGAGAAGGAGCGAGCACUUGAGCUCCAGCGCAGAGAGAAGGAGCUAAGGGACCGACUUGUCUGCAACAUGUUGAAGAAGAGCAGUGGUAAACCCACAAGACCUUCCGGCACGCAGGACAGCCCUGAAACAAGUGAGGAGGCUUCUGAUCCUGUAGGCAACGAAGUGAUGCUGGGGGUUCUCGGACUGGUUAAUGGAUUAAAAACGGUUGAGGGUAAAGAGAAGCAGCCUCCUAAAACUAGUGCACACUCUUUAGGUUUGGGGAGACAUAAGGCAACAGAGGAGAGGAGGGGAGGAGAGGACCGGAAGAAAGACCGUGAAAGAAGGAGGGAAGAGGUAGUGAGGAGCAGGCAUAGCAGGGAGCGAGCAAAGGAUCGAGACCGCCACCACGCAGAGAGGAGAUCCUACAGCCGGGGGAGGAGGAGGCACUCUCGCAGCCACAGCAAGAGGAGAAGGAGCUCAAGCCGCCGUAGGAGGAGCGCAAGUCGCCACAGGAGGAGCUCCAGUUACCACAGUGGCAGGAGGCACAGCCGCAGUCAUUACUGUAAGAGCACCAGCUCCAGCCGGGACAGGAGCAGGAGCAGCAGUGGGAGGAGCUACAGCAGGGGGAGAAGCGGCAGGCGUACCCACCGCAGACACAGCAGAGGUAGCUCGAGGGCCAGCGACAAAAGCAGAGAGAGGAGGAGUCACAGUCAGUACAGCAGGAGGUACAAGAGACACAGCUACAGCAGAGACAGGAGCCACUCAAGACGACGCUAAUCUCAUCAAAAUCAUCCGUUUAGUUUGGCUUUACAAUUUAGGUCCAAUGGGUUUGACAAGAUGUUUAGAUAUUUUUGGAAUCAUUAAUUAAGUAAUGUGUUAUUGCAGUGCACCAAACGGCCUCUACUGAACAGAGCAGCUCGGCGGAUAUGAAGUAAUAUUGGCUUUAAACAGAUUUAGACAAAAGCGUGAAAUCUACUCCCCAAAGUGAACAAAAACAACACUUAAGAGAUUAUUCUGUAUUUUUAAGGCAUGCACGAUGCUGCAGUAGAUUCUAGAGUUGCUUUUACCUUUUCAUUUUUUAACAUUUCAUUAUAUCGAAUUGAAGCUGCAGCAAAAUUCUAGCAUUUUUAUUGCACAAAAUUCUCACUGGAUUUUGUUUUCAAGAAAUUAAUCUUUUGAGAUCCAUUAGUGAAAGAGAAAGUAUGAACAUGUGAGCAGAAGAACACUAAAUCUGUUCCCUGACUAGUAGAAUAACAGGAAUUAGCAUAAAAUAAGUGACAACAUCAUUAAUCUUCAUUAUGUUAGCAGCUGUUUGAAUUUUAGGCUCACAGUAUCUGUAGAUUAACGCACCAGUCUAACCCUCCUGUGAACUCCAAAGCCUGCUGGUGACCCUCAUUGUCUGAAAGCAAGUCGUCGUUGUGCAUGAAUAACAGUGAGGUAUGUGAAGUUUCAGAGGGGAACAAUUUCUCUUUGUUGUUUUGAUGAUUCACCAGCCUCUUCAUCCACACUUGUAGCCUAACAGAAAAUGCAAACACAGCAUCUAUAGCCGACAUGUCAGCACGGAGUUCCCAACACUUCAGGCUUCAGCUGUUGUGAGAGACUUUUAAAGUGGACUACUUGACUUGAAUGAACGGCUGCUUUUCCAUUUCAAUGUGAAGUUUUCACAGAAACAUUUCGUUGUGUUUAUGCUGACUUGAAGACUGACUGAUGCCAUUGUAUCUUUUGAUUUGCUGUUGUAAGUUUUGCAGUGUUUCUGCUGUGACAAAACUGACUUCUACAUCAGCCCUCGACUAAAUGGCACCAUGUCUGACGACGCACAGUUUCAGCUAACAGACUGAUUUCUUCAUUUCUUAAUGCUGGGGUUUGUGAUGUUACAUGUUGAAAUAAUAACAUUUACAUGACAGCAACACUUCCUGUUUUAGCUUUGAGAAAGGCAGUCAAGUUAAUAAAUAGUAUUGUUGACAUGGACACAACUGUGACAUCUUUUCUUGUCAUGGUGAAGCCCAUUUGUUCUGUGUACUGUAUGCUCGUGAUCCACAGAGCAUGUCUUGCAUUCAGGGUUAAAAUAAAAAUCCAAACUGUAA